GAGCGUGCCCCAGAGGAGCCCCGGGGGAGGGGGGCAGAGAGAGGGAGGAGAGAGCGGCAAGCAGAGCGGGAGUCGGGCAGAGCAUCCCCACGGCAAUGUCCAAGGGCUUGAAGAAGAAAAGCCACUGGACGAGCCGAGUCCACGAGAUCGUGAUCGUGCGGAACCCGGAGGGGCAGCUGGGCUUCGAGCUGAAAGGGGGCGCCGAGAACGGGCAGUUCCCGUACCUGGGAGAGGUGAAGCCCGGCAAGGUGGCCUAUGAGGGCGGCAGCAAGUUGGUGCCGGAGGAGCUGCUGCUGGAGGUGAACGAGACCCCCGUGGCCGGGCUCACCAUCAGGGAUGUGCUGGCCGUGAUCAAGCACUGCAAGGACCCGAUCCGCCUCAAGUGCGUCAAGCAAGGAGGCAUUGUCGAUAAGGACCUUCGUCACUACCUCAAUUUACGGUUCCAGAAAGGUUCGGUAGACCAUGAGCUCCAGCAGAUCAUAAGAGACAAUCUCUACCUCCGCACGGUGCCAUGCACCACAAGGCCACAUAAGGAGGGGGAGGUCCCUGGUGUGGACUAUAUUUUCAUCACUGUUGAAGAUUUUAUGGAAUUGGAGAAGAGUGGUGCUCUCUUAGAAAGUGGAACAUAUGAAGACAACUAUUACGGCACACCGAAGCCUCCAGCAGAACCAGCUCCAUUAUUGGUAAAUGUAACUGACCAGAUCCUUCCAGGUGCCACUCCUGGGGCUGAAGGCAAACGUAAGAGGAAUAAGUCUGUGAGCAAUAUGGAGAAGACAGGUAUUGAACCACCUGAGGAAGAAGAGGAAGAAAGACCUGUGGUCAAUGGAAAUGAUGUGACAGUAACACCAGAAUCAAGUGAACAUGAAGACAAGAGCACAGGUGUCUCAGGUGAAGUAUCUUCUACCCAACCGUGCCCUGCACCAGGAUAUACUCAGCCUGAAGAAGCAAAGGAGGAUAUGGAUGUAACAAAACAAACAAAGCCUGAAGAGAAUGAUGACUUGGGCCCACUGCCUGAUAACUGGGAAAUGGCUUAUACAGAAAAAGGGGAAGUCUACUUUAUUGACCAUAACACAAAGACAACAUCAUGGCUGGAUCCACGACUUGCGAAAAAGGCUAAACCUCCAGAAGAGUGCAAAGAAAAUGAGCUUCCAUAUGGCUGGGAGAAAAUUGAUGAUCCCAUUUAUGGCACUUAUUAUGUUGACCACAUAAAUAGAAGAACACAAUUUGAAAACCCUGUGCUAGAAGCAAAAAGGAAACUACAGCAGCAUAACAUGCCCAACGCAGAACUUGGAACAAAGCCUAUGCAGGCCCAAGGUUUCCGAGUAGGCAGCUCCUCAUCAACCCUGCCUAGGCCCAAACUCGUCCGCCUGCGCCCCGUUCCGCAGCGGUCCCGCAGUGUGAGUGAUCUGUCCCAGUGCUGGCGCAACCCCGUUGGGACACGCUGGCCGUACGAAAAACCACUCUUCACCCGUGAUGCAUCACAGCUGAAGGGGACUUUCCUCAGCACCACUCUUAAGAAAAGCAACAUGGGUUUUGGAUUUACCAUCAUUGGUGGGGAUGAGCCAGAUGAGUUUCUUCAGGUGAAGAGUGUAAUUCCUGAUGGGCCUGCAGCACAAGAUGGGAAAAUGGAAACAGGUGAUGUGAUUGUCUAUAUUAAUGAAGUUUGUGUCCUUGGACAUACUCACGCAGAUGUAGUCAAACUCUUCCAGUCUGUUCCUAUUGGUCAGAGUGUCAACUUGGUGCUAUGUCGUGGAUACCCUUUGCCCUUUGAUCCUGAAGAUCCUGCCAACAGCAUGGUGCCACCCCUUGCAGUAAUGGAGAGGCCUCCGGUAGUGGUAAAUGGAAGACAUAACUAUGAAACUUAUUUGGAAUACAUUUCUAGGACUUCUCAGUCUGUUCCAGACGUAACAGAUCGACCACCACACUCCUUGCACUCCAUUCCAGCAGAUAGUCAGCUUGAUAGCACAUUCCCACCACCUGCCCAUGAUGAUAAUGUAUCAAUGGCUUCUUCUGGGGCCACCCAAGCUGAACUUAUGACCUUAACCAUUGUGAAAGGGGCCCAGGGCUUUGGCUUCACUAUAGCAGACAGUCCUACAGGACAGAGGGUGAAGCAAAUUCUAGACAUUCAGGGAUGUCCUGGUUUGUGUGAAGGUGACCUCAUUGUUGAGAUCAACCAGCAGAAUGUACAGAACCUGAGCCAUGCAGAAGUAGUGGAUAUACUUAAGGAAUGUCCUGUUGGAAGUGAAACUUCUUUGAUUAUCCAUAGAGGAGGUUUCUUUUCUCCAUGGAAAACUCCAAAGCCUGUGAUGGAACGAUGGGAGAAUCAAGGCAGCCCUCAGACAAGCCUAUCUGCUCCAGCUCUGCCACAGAAUAUUCCCUACCCACCCACUCUUCACAGGAGUUCAUUUCCCGAUUCAACAGAGGCCUUUGAUCCACGGAAACCUGACCCAUAUGAGCUGUAUGAGAAAUCAAGAGCUAUUUAUGAAAGUAGGCGUCCCGAUUACAAGGAGUUGGAUGUUCAUCUUCGGAGAAUGGAGUCUGGUUUUGGCUUCAGGAUCCUUGGAGGAGAUGAGCCUGGACAGCCUAUCCUCAUCGGAGCAGUAAUUGCAAUGGGCUCAGCAGACAGGGACGGUCGCCUCCAUCCCGGUGAUGAACUGGUGUAUGUGGAUGGGAUUCCAGUGGCCGGCAAAACCCACCGAUAUGUGAUUGAUCUUAUGCAUAAUGCUGCCCGAAACGGGCAGGUGAAUCUUACUGUGCGGAGAAAGGUGCUACCCACAGAGGCCUGCAGCCAGAAAGGGCCCCCUCCGCCUGCCGUGACGCCCCCCUGCAGCUCCCCAAGCACUAGGAAAAUGGCCAAUAACCAAGGAGAGCCAUGCCCAGAGAAUGGCAGAAGCCCAGGCUCUGUGUCCACGCACCACAGCUCUCCAAGAAGUGACUACGCGACUUAUGCUAACAGCAAUCACGCUGUCUCCAGCAGCAACGCAACUCCUCCGGAGGGCUUCACGUCCCACAGCCUGCAAACCAGCGACGUGGUGAUCCACCGCAAGGAGAACGAAGGGUUCGGCUUUGUUAUCAUCAGCUCCCUGAACAGGCCCGAGUCAGGGUCCACAAUCACUGUACCCCAUAAAAUAGGGCGGAUAAUUGAUGGAAGUCCUGCUGAUCGCUGUGCAAAACUUAAAGUCGGAGACCGGAUCUUAGCUGUGAAUGGCCAGUCUAUCAUUAACAUGCCUCAUGCGGAUAUUGUGAAGCUAAUUAAAGAUGCAGGUCUCAGUGUAACACUUCGCAUCAUUCCUCAGGAGGAGUUGAACAGCCCAGCCUCAGCACCCAGCUCAGAGAAGCAGAGCCCCCUGGCCCAGCAACACAGCCCCCUGGCCCAGCAGCAGCAGCAGCAGCAGCAGAGCCCUCUGGCCCAACAGCAGCAGCAGCAGCAGCAGCAGCAACAGCAGAGCCCCCUGGCCCAGCAGCAAAGCCCCGUCACCCAGCACAGCCCCGUGGCACAGCCCACACUCCCACAGCCCCUGCAGCUGCAGGGACAUGAGAACAGUUAUAGGUCAGAAGUAAAAGCCAGACAGGAUGUGAAGCCUGAUAUCCGACAACCUCCAUUUACAGACUACAGGCAGUCUUCAACUGACUACCGCCAGCCUCCCCUGGACUACAGGCAUCCUCCUGUGAUGGAUUACCAGCAGCCACCACCCCUUGACUACAGGCAGCCACCCUUGCUGGACUACAGGCAGCACUCUCCCGACACCCGGCAGUACCCCCUGUCAGACUACAGACAGCCCCAGGACUUCGAUUAUUUCACCGUUGAUUUAGAGAAGGGAGCCAAAGGUUUUGGGUUUAGUAUUCGAGGAGGAAGGGAAUACAAAAUGGAUUUAUUUGUGCUGAGGUUAGCAGAAGAUGGACCAGCAAUAAGAAAUGGAAGGAUGAGGGUAGGGGAUCAAAUAAUUGAAAUCAAUGGAGAAAGCACAAGGGACAUGACACAUGCCAGAGCAAUAGAGCUAAUCAAGUCUGGUGGCAGGAGAGUACGCCUGUUGUUGAAACGUGGAACAGGACAGGUCCCUGAAUAUGACGAGCCAAGCUCCUGGAGCGCUCCCGCUGCCGCCUCCCCAGGUCUGCCGGAAGUAGCUCUGUCCCUCGACGACAUAAUCUCACCAUUAUCCUCAUCACACAUAGCCCCACCCUCUGACCCUUCUCACCAGAUAAGCCCAGAACCAACAUGGGAUAUCAAGAGGGAACACGAUGGAAGGAAACCAAAGGAGCUUUCGGUGAACGGCCACAAAAAGAAAAGGUUAGGAGAGCAAAGAGAAAGGUCAGCAAGUCCUAAAAAGGCAGACAGGUCAAAGCACGACGAGCCUUCCUGGAAAGGAUAUUUGGAAGGCAAAAGUAAGGUGACGGAUGGUGGCAAGCUCACCUCGGAAAGCAGAGCGGUGGGACACAGCGUUAUGAUGGAGGCUGGCGCGAGAGAGCACGUGUGUGCUGGAAGCAGUGAUGAACAGUUUGGAAGGCUGAAGAAGCCGGAAAGCAAGAGGGGAGGAUCUCUUAGCAAAAGAGAAGAUCACAGAUCCACAAAUACCAGUGAGAAGAAGUCAGCUGCAGCACCUGACCAUGCCAAGCUUGAUGCAGGUGCUACCAAGACAUACAGUGGCAAUCGCUGCAGCUCGCCUGGAAGCGAUAUGGAUCACAGCCAGAGGGAUCCUGAUGGGAAACCCAGCGAGUUCCCCAGGAAGGGACAUCUCCACCCCAUUAGCACUCGCAGCACCAACACUACAGUUCGGAAGGCAACGGUCUCCCCGGGGCCGUGGAAAAUCCCCGGCUCAGAUAAGCUACCUGGCGUCCUGAAGUCUGGUACUUCUGCCAUGAGCAGAUAAGCACGGGACUGUUGCCCUCUAACUGUCUCAAAUUGACGCAGAACAUUCUUCUUAGUUGUUGUCUCACGUUGAUUUAUUUUAAUUUAUUUUAACUAUCACACAUAUACACAAAGCAUUGAGGGAUGAAAACAUUAGUGUGUAAUUCCAUGACAAUGUGCACAGUAUCUAAUAAGUUCAAAAGCAUAUAGUCAACACGGAGAUUUGAAAUUGACCCUAAAGUCCCAGUUCCAUUUUAGGGACUUUGGCAGCUAUGGAAGAAACCAAAACAAAUGAAGGACAGUACAACAGAGAAGGAUAGUGCAGUGUAGCUUUAGCAUAUUUUUCCACUGCAUGAAGGACUUGGAUUUCAUUCAAACUUUAUAUCAAGAAACUGGAACAAGUUAGAGCAAUCGCAAACUGGAACAUCGCCUUAAAUAAAACUGCACGGAGCAAGCUGAAACUGAGAGAGAAUCUUUUCACAGAGCUAAAAUGUUGUAAAUAAAUUGUUCUUGACAUAUCUAGACAGGGGUUAAAGGGUUUCUUUGAAGCAUUUGGAACUGUACGCCCAUGACACGUCUCCACUGUCACCACUUUGGGAUAGUCCACGUGACACCCUGUAGCACAGUUCACUGGACGCUACAGGAGGAGUUGGGAAUCUAGUGGAUUAGUUUCUGUGAUACCAUUUCUACUGCCAUUUUUGUGAGCCAACCAUGUUUCUGUACAAUGGAAAGGAGCUAGGGUGGAGUUGUAUUUGCAAAUAAUUCUCCAAAGCAAUUUACUACAGGUUCCCCAAUUCCUGCAGAGUAGCACACAAGCCAGUUGGCCAGGCUCAAAACUCCAAUAUCCCCAAGGCCCUUGCAAUGAAAGGAAGAUUGCUACAGAGAAAAAGCUGCAGUUUCCUUAAGGAAAGGCCUUUCCCUCCUGCAGAAAAUGAUAGUUUCACUCAUCAACAGUGCUAUGUUUCAUACCUACCCCCAUUUCGUUAGGAUGCUCUCACCUUCCAUUCCCUCGCUUUGGCAGAGCAGGUGUCUUUGAGGCACGUAACAGUAAUUGACAGAAAUACACUUUUUGGUGCCCUCAAUCUGUAAAUUCGAUAUAUUUCCAUUUUAAAAACGGUUUACAUUUUAUCAUUUCUUCCCUACCUCCAUUUUUUUUUCUUUUUAUUUUAGUCUUUCUUGCUUGUCUGUUUUGAAUUUCAAGCCUUAAGUGCCAGGUAAACAUUCCAGUCUGCCUUCACAGGAGAUAAGUCUAAGUUCAGUCAGUCAGUCACUAUCUUGGUUCAAAUAGAUGCGUGUGUGUACGUAUAAAUGUGCAUAUGCUUAUUUGUCUGUCAAAAUUAAAAUGAAAUAAAGAAAUCUUGGGCAAUAAUAUAUUGGUAAUUAAAAAAACAAUCACAUAGUCAGAAACUCAAAAAGUUUGUUCUCAAGCAGUCUUAGUUCCUCACAUGCUCUGCUGAAACAUUAGAUUAAGAUUGGCUUUGUUCCAAGAAAUCAGCACAUGGCUGUAUGUCUCAAACAUUGCACUGGACUGAGAGAUCUAUAGGCAUGUUUCUUCCUGUCCCAUUAUUUGAAAAGCCUCAAGUAAAGGAUUUUGCAGCUUUCAAAUAAUUUUUUUCUUUUUUUUUUCUUUUUUUUUCUUUUUUUUUCGGAAAAAGAAAUUCCAUGUAUAAUUUCUGAAAAAGCACAAGUCCACGUAGCUGUUUAUAAAACUAUUAUUUAAUGAAAAAAGAAGAAAAAAAAAAAAAAACAGAAAAAAAACCCAACAAAUCUUUAUCCCCUGAACUAGAAUCCAAUAUAAUUCCAAUAUAAUUUGCCAUUAAUUUAUUGAAUCUGAUUUUGGACAAUGCUUCUGUAGUGUAGAUGCAUGUCCCAGUAUCUUAUUUUUAUGUAUAAAGAAAGCAAACAAUGAAAUCUGAAAAAACAGUGGAGAUUAUGCUUGCAUAAACUCUAAUUUGCACAGUUCACAGCUACUCCUUGUGCAGUAAUUGCUUUAUGCGGCUGUAAUCGAUAACCUGUGAAGACAGCACAUCAUCUAAACCCCAUUCCAAAUAAUAUUUCUGUGUAGUGUUAGCUGUGAAUUUACCCUGUACAGCUCUAUCUCUAUAAAUAUAAUUCCAUGUAUUAAUAGUCACAGAAAGGCUGUAAGUGAGCAACUAUUUUUAUGAAACGCACCACUAUGGAUAAAUUAACUUUUACAGAAAUCUUGUUUACUGUAUGAUAUU